AAUUUUCCUUUUGUUUUCUGUCACACACAUUACAAAAGAAAAACUUACACUAAUUUUUUUCUUCUUCUUCUUUGGUCUCGCUCGCUCACACAGAUUUUGUUGGCCCAGAUUGACUGAUAGUUGAAAUGGCACAAGAAUUUAAAAACCCAGAUGAAGAGGUUGUUCUUGGGGACGAAAUCGACCAUGUGAGAUUGAUCACCUUGAACCGGCCUCGUCAACUGAAUGUCAUUUCAUCAAAAGUGGUCACUUUGUUAGCAGAAUACCUAGAAAAAUGGGAGAAAGACGACAAUGCAAAGAUGGUGAUAAUCAAGGGAGGUGGCCGUGCUUUUUCUGCUGGUGGGGAUUUGAAAAUGUUCUAUGAUGGCAGGAAAUCAAAGGAUUCCUGUCUUGAAGUGGUUUAUAGAAUGUAUUGGCUUUGCUAUCAUAUUCAUACCUAUAUGAAACCUCAGGUCGCUCUUGUUCAUGGAAUUUCCAUGGGUGGAGGUGCUUCUUUAAUGGUCCCAACGAAAUUUUCAGUUGUCACGGAAAAGACUGUUUUUGCCACUCCAGAAGCAAGUAUUGGGUUUCACACGGACUGUGGUUUCUCAUACAUGCUUUCCCAUCUCCCUGGGUAUCUGGGGGAAUAUUUGGCCUUAACAGGGGCAAGGCUGAAUGGUAAGGAAUUGGUUGUAGCCGGGCUGGCAACCCAUUUUGUCCCAUCUGAGGAAAACUAUUAUGAGUAUUUAUCCGACAAGACAAAGUCUAGGUUGAUGAUGAUGAUGGUGAUAAAGAUGUUGCCCGAGCUAGAGAAGCGUUUGAUAAGCUUAAACUCUGGUGACAAGAAUGCAAUGAGAUCUGCAAUUGAAGAAUUCUCUAUAAAUGUUCAGAUUGAGGAAGAAAGUGUAUUAAGCAAGCAGUCGAUAAUCAAUGAGUGCUUUUCCAAGGAUUCAGUGGAGGAGAUUAUAAAAUCAAUAGAAGCUGAGGCAAGUAAAGAAGGAAAUGCUUGGAUUGGAGCAGUGCUCAAAGGCUUAAAAAGAUCAUCACCUACAGGAUUGAAGAUCACACUAAGAUCGGUUCCAAUCAAGGAGCUCAGAAAACCAAUUCCAGAUGGAAGCUGCCAAUGGACAAGUAACAAAUAAGUGGUCUAGAUCAUCACAACUAGACCAACAAUUAUGAAAAACAGAUGUAAUCUGCAGCCCUCUUAGUCUCAAAUUCUCCAAUGACAACAGUCUGUUUUGAAUAGCCAAACAAUGGGUACAUCCACUCCAACAAACCACUGGUUGUCUAGCUCUGCAAUGCUCCCAAGUGCUUUUAAAAGUGGAACUGCCAUGCUGCCAAACAAUAGAAUCAUUCCCAGAAUGUAAUGUGACUAAAAGAGGAAAUUUUAUAAACUGAAUAACUCUUGAAGAAGAAACUGUGGGCAAUUUCCACUGUCCAUUGUGAAUAAAACCAGCAGCAGUCACAUAUUUAGUAAAUCCCAGUUACUCUGUAAAACCUGUGACCAAAUCCAUCCAGAGUAGACUAUCGUUGACACCAAGGUCAGUAAAUAAAGGAACUGAACUGUCACAUCCUAUCUGAAACAUACUAUUCUUAAGCAUAACACCCUUACUUCAAGCAUAUUUCUCCAGAUAACAGAAUGUGAACGUUUAGGUUGACAAAAAAUAUAUAUAUAUAUAGAAUAUAUUUUUACUCAAAAAAAACUCUAAUGAGUUAUGACUCUUUUUUUUUUUUGCACAAUAUUCAAGGUAUUGGAUUCCCUUCCCUCUUUCGAAGUAUUAAGGUUUGGAUUAAUGCAGCUUGAGGUUUGGAUUUAUGGCUCCUUGAAAUAGUAAAGAUUGUUGGGGUAGAUAUCUGCUGUGAUGUAUAUGCUUAACUUGUGGUUUCUUUUUCUACUCUACCACCUUAUUAUUCAUUUGUGUUUUUUUAACCGCAGACAUAUUAAAUGAAUCAAUGGGUUGAGCUUUACUCUAUUUGUUCUUGUCAUUAUGGCACUUGUUGGAAUUAGACUAGUAAAUUUCUCAAGUCACAAUUAUAAUUGUUCAUGGUGGUCCAAGUAAUUAUGUCUUAUUCAGAAUUAACUCUUAAAAUUUUGUUUAAGAUUUUAUAGGAUAAAAGUCUUAUUUUAAGCAACAUUUACUGCAGUUGCUCAGUUUUUGUGGUUCAUGUUAACUGUUCAGAAAGAGUGUGACAGUUUUGUGGAUUGUUUUAACCAAGGCCAAGAAGUUCCAUUUAUGUGUGGCUCAUGCUAUGUAUACCUAGUAGAGUUUAGCCUUUGUAGUGCUAUAUGUUGAA